AUGAGCAAAAAAAGAGGUCAAAAGUCGUAUAGCGACGUGCUGAACUUUCUAAACCCGAAGAUCCCAGCAGAAAUCGAGGACGACAUUUUAAGUGCUUUUGCCAACUACAGUCUCGAAUCGGAUAUGACUUCUGCGAACUUACCAGCAUUUUACAGCGAUUUACAACUGCCUGAGGAUGUUACCAAAAUGAUCAAAGCACAAGACGUUUGCAUCGAGGGCACAGACAUUAUAAGUUUCGACAAGCUGCUGAAAACCGUGUUCCAUUUGCUGGUUUUCAUGAAUAACGGCGAAAAUAUAGACGCACAGUGGUCUAUGCUGGUGCACGCAUGCGGACGUGACUCGCAAUUUCCACAAGUGGCGUUGAGAAACCAUGUUCUCAGUAUCAAGGACCUUCAAAAAAUUACCAAUAGCAUCAACAUGGACAGCGGGAAGCUGGUGGAGAUGAUGAGCUACUCCACAAACGGGACCCGAGUGUAUAUCACUUGGCUAGAUUUCGCGUUCCUACUAGGGAAGCUGGGGCAUUUAAUGUUUUAA